AUGGAGGAACUUGACAAGGACCAGAUCGCUAUUCUGAGGAAAGCCUUUGAGGCGUUUGACCAGGAGAAAAAAGGAUGUAUCGGCACAGUAAUGGUGGGUACUAUACUCGGUAUGUUAGGCCACCAAGUUAGCGAUGAGACACUCAAAGAAAUCAUCAACGAGGUUGAUGUUGACGGAUCUGGUGAGCUGGAAUUUGAGGAAUUCGUAACGCUUGCAUCUAGGUUCAUGGUUGAAGAGGAUGCUGAAGCCAUGCAACAGGAACUCAAAGAAGCAUUCCGGUUAUACGACAAAGAAGGUAACGGUUACAUCACAACAGGAGUCUUAAGAGAAAUUCUAAGAGAAUUAGAUGACAAGAUUAGCGCCGAAGAACUUGACAUGAUGAUUGAGGAAAUUGACUCUGAUGGCUCUGGAACUGUUGAUUUUGACGAAUUCAUGGAAGUCAUGACAGGCGGUGAUGAUUAA